AUGCUGGCUAUAAAUUGGGAAUUAUAUAAGUCUAAUAAGAUAAAAUUUUAUGCAUCUGCCGCUAUUAAAUUGGGAAGGAAUAAGACAGGAAAACAAAUAAAUGGAAAAUUAUUUAACCUUAAAACAAAAUAUACAAAUGAAAAGAAAAAAGUAACUGACGAUUAUCUGAAAAGUCGAUUAGAAUUUAAUCGAGAAAAGUUUGAAAAAGAAUUUGAAGAAAAAACAAAGGAAAGAGAAAAUAAAAUGGAUUUAGAACAUGAAAAAUUAAGAAUGGAAAAUGAAAGAAUGAUAAAGCAAAUAGAACUGGAUCAUCAAUUACGAAUGGCAGAACUUGAAUUUAAAUAUAAUAAUAAAAAUACAGA